AUGGGUGCCGGUGACGUCCUGCUGACUGCGCUUCUCCUGCUGCUGGCCGCCGUGGCUGUCUGGUGGGCCUUUGGCCACCGGCAACCGCGGAGCCGGCGGACACGGAGAGGGAAGUGGAGCAAGCGCCGGAGGGCCAGGCCCAGAGGCUCACGGAGGAAGCGAGGAGCCCCUGCGGCUCCCAGGUUCCCCAGGCGUCGGGUGACUCCGGACAAGCGGCCGUGUGCUCCCGCCAGCCCCCUGGGCAGCCCCUGCGGCUGUGGCCCCUGCCUGGCAGAGGCCCGGGAGCUGCGGGAACUGAUGCUGUACCUCGGGGAUGGCAGCGGGACACGAGUCUCUGCUAUCUCUGACAGCCUCCAUCCCUCGCAGAGGCUCAGUGAGACCUGUCAGCCUGCAGAAGGAGCAGAGCCCGUGGACAGGUCUCCCAGCUCCCUUGGACUCACGGACUUUAACAACGUGGGCACAAUCCUGACCCUUGACGUGUCAGGGGAAAGCCCACAAGUCCAAAUGGGAGCCCAGCCCGAUGCAGGGGAGCCUGCUCAGGAGCAGCUGGUCGGGCAGCAAGCGUCCUGGAGCCAGCAGUGGUCAUUCCACAGCGGCCAGGACAGCCAGGACGCUGUGCCGCCCUCCUCUCUCCGUGGCUCGCAGGUGGCCAUCAAACGCGUGGACCGGGAGAGCGUCCUGCAGUGGGACGAGCUGGUGAGCGAGCGGGGCCAGCGGGACAGAGCGGGGCGCGGCGGGCAGGGAGAAUCCCGGGGCGGGCUCGGCGUGCGGAGCCGCAGCCCCGCGGGCCCGGGCACGGCCAACAGCGGUGCUGGGGCCGGGCAGGGCCCCCCGAGCAUCCCCCGAAGGGCACCGGGGCAUCCCGGGCAGGGCGCAGCGCAGCCCCAGGGCUGCAGCAGCAGCAGCAGCAGCAGCAGCAGCCUGGCGCAGGCACUGAUUUUCUCCUGCUCACAGCCCGACGGCACCCGCGUGCCCUUGGAGGUGGUGCUGAUGGAGAAGGUGGGCUCUGGCUGCCAGAAUAUCAUCCAGCUCCUCGACUGGUUUGAGCUUCCCGAUAGCUUCGUGCUGGUCUUGGAGCGUCCGGAGGCAUCGCAGGAUCUCCUGGAGUUCCUGCAGGAGCAGGGGUGCCUCUGCGAGGUGCAGGCGCGCUGGCUUUUCUGCCAGGUGCUGGAGGCCGUGCGGCACUGCACCGCCUGCGGCGUCCUGCACCGGGACAUCAAGCCGGAGAACCUCCUCGUGGACCCGGAGAGCGGCGACCUGAAGCUCAUCGACUUCGGCUGCGGCACCUUCCUCCAAGAGCGGGCCUUCACGGGGUUUGCCGGAACGCGCAUGUACAGCCCGCCCGAGUGGAUCUGUCUCGGCUGCUACCACGGCCACGCAGCCACCAUCUGGUCCCUGGGCGUGCUGCUGUACGUCAUGGUCUGUGGCAACCUCCCCUUCCAGGACGACCAUGACAUCGUGCUGGGCAAGCUCGUCUUCCGGCAGCAGCUCUCUCCAGAGCUCCAGCACCUGAUCCGAUGGUGUUUGGCCAAGCACCCUGCGGACAGGCCGGAGCUGGACGAGAUCUCGCACCACCCUUGGGUGCGGGGCCGGCGUUUUUGAUGCCUUGCCGGAGCCUCUGCAGCACCAACUAACCGAGUCCCACGCAGGACUGAGGACCCGAAAAAUAAAACAGCAAACCCAU